CUUCAACAGUUUCAGUCACUCAUCUGUCCACUCUUUACUUUCAGUCCUUCUCUACAGCUCGACGCCGGCGUCAUUUCACUCACUUCUCACCUUUGUGUGCCAUUCUUCUAACGCCCGGAAAAUCACCUUCUUUUUUCAAAACAACAACCAAACCAAAAAUCACCGUCAAAAUGAAGUCUGUCGCUGCUCUCGCCCUUACCGCCUCCAUGGCCAACAUGGUUGCCGGCCACGCCAUCUUCCAGCAACUCUGGGUCAACGGUGUUGACCAGGAGUCCAGCUGCGUCCGCAUGCCCGCUUCCAACUCCCCCGUCCAGGACCCUACGUCCAACGACAUGCGCUGCAACGCCAACUCCGCUGCCGCCACCACCACCUGCGGCGUCAAGGCCGGCGACACCAUCACCGUCGAGAUGCACCAGCACAACACCCGUGCCUGCACUGAGGAGGCCAUUGGAGGUGCCCACCACGGCCCCGUCAUGGUCUACCUGAGCUCCGUCGCCGACGCCGCCACCGCCGAUGGCUCCAGCUCUUUCUUCAAGAUCUUCGAGUCCGGCUACUUCGCCAACAACAACACCUGGGGUAACGACCUGAUCAACGAGGGCUGCGGCAAGCAGAACGUUGUCAUUCCCUCCGACAUCGCCCCUGGUGACUACCUUCUCCGUGCCGAGACCGUCGCUCUCCACGCCGCCGGCUCCGAGAACGGUGCCCAGUACUACAUGAGCUGUUAUCAACUUAAAGUGGAAGGAUCUGGCACUGCCAAGCCCGAGGGUGUCGUCUUCCCUGGUGCUUACAAGGCCACCGACCCCGGCCUGUUGAUCAACAUCUACAACACCAUCUCCAACUACGUCAUCCCUGGCCCUGCUGUCUACGAGGGUGGUGGCUCUUCCGGCUCUGCCCCGGCCUCCUCCGCUCCCGCUGCCUCCGCCCCGGCCGCCACCAGCGCCGCUGCCGCUUCUUCUUCGGCUCCCGCUGCUGCCGCCCCCACUACCCUCGUCACUAGCGCCGCUGCCGCUUCGGCCACUCCCACCGUUGCUGCCCCCGCUACCACCUCUUCUGCCGCUGCUGCCUCUACCUCUGCUGCUGCCGCUCCUGCGCCCAGCAGCCCCUCUGGCUGCAAGCGCCGCCGUGCCCGCAAGGCCCGCCGCUCUGCCAAGUACUAGAGUGUACUAAGUCAGAAUCUAGACGCCGUGGGAAAAGCGAUAGAUGGUUGUUUAUAGAGGAGACGUAUCUUUCCGGUACAUAUUAGAAGUUCUUUGUACAUAGUAUACCGCGUAAUUCUGCGAUUUACGCCCUUUUCGAGUGGCACAAUACAACAAGACUUUUCCUUGUUCAAAACGGUUCUGAAUAUCUGCUUGAUAAACUCUUUCGAACUAU